UUGACUUAAGUUUCUCACAGGCAGACAGAGACCAAACAGAAAAAUUGAAUCGUAUAGGAAAGAAAAAGAGAUAAGACAGAUAUUUUGAUGUUUGAUACUUAUAGAUACUUGGUUAAAUAUCAUCUAUUUAAAAGAAUUUAACCUGAGAGUCACAGCUCAGUGAAUAGGAGGACACAAUCUAAUAUACAGAACUUGAAUUGCGAUGGGUCAAUUGUUAUCUCAUCCCAUUGAAGAUAAGGAGAUCACCUAUCAAUCUCAUGAAUCCAUAUCCUAUUGCAUUGGAUCAAUGCAAGGAUAUAGGACUACCAUGGAAGAUGCUCAAGAUGUUAAGGUGAAUGAGGAUGAGUCAUUGGCAGUGUUUGGAGUGUUUGAUGGUCAUGGGGGUAGAAUAUGUUCUGAAUAUUUGAGUGAACAUCUUGUGGAUAUAAUAUUCAAAAAAUUAAAUAAAUUAGAUAAACAUAAAUCGAUAUCAACCCAUCAAUAUUUGGAUAUAACCAAGCAAGCAUUCUUUAAAGUUGAUGCUGAUUUAUCAUCCAAUACUGCUUUAAACAAUUGUGGAUCCACUGCUAUUGUAUCUAUGAUAAUCAAUAAACGAUAUUUAAUUGUGGCUAAUACAGGGGAUUCAAGAUGUAUAUUAUCAUUAAAUGGUCAAGCCAAGACAUUAUCAUAUGAUCAUAAACCUAUUAUAAUGAAUGAAAGAGUUAGAAUUGAGAAUAGUAAUGGAUAUAUUAAAAACAAUCGAAUUAAUGAAAUAUUAGCAUUAUCAAGAGCAUUUGGAGAUUUUAAAUUUAAAUUACCAUAUAUUGAUAAUCCUAGAAAUGAAUAUAUAAAUAAGAAUAAGAAAUAUUUUAAGAAUGAUUUAGUUCAUUUACCACCUGAAUUAUUUCAAGUUACAGUUGAACCAGAAUUAAUGAUAUUUGAUUUAAAAAAUGCAUCAAAACGUCGAGAUACAACUCCAGAAUUUUUAGUUAUAGCAUGUGAUGGGAUUUGGGAUUGUUAUAAAAAUAAAGAAAUUGUUAAUAUUAUAAGGCAUAAAUUAUCCACCGGUUGGAAAUUGAAUAAGAUUAUUGAAUUCAUCUUACAUGAUUGUUUAACCAUGGCCAAUAAUUAUACAGGAAUAGGAUUUGAUAAUAUGACGAUAAUAAUAGUUGCAUUACAUGAUGGAAUGAGUAUGGAUCAAUGGUAUGAAACUAUGAAGGAUAAAGUACUUAAAGAGAAAGGAUUAGCAUAAGGUGGAUAAAGUUCCGCCUGAGUUUCGUGGUUUGUUUAUUCGGCUGACUGGUCGCCCUAGUUCGUUCCUUCGGUUCACCGGUUUUGGCUAUACAUAUUUAAUAACUGCACUUGCACCGUACAUACUUAUAAAACACUUAUAUAUAUAUAUAUAAAUAUCUUAAUAUGCAUAUAGCAUAGCUUAAUUAGAGCAAUACAAUAGUGAAGCAAUCUAGUAAUGAAAUGUGUAAC